GGGCAUGGCCAAGGGUGGGCCUGGCCAGGGCACCCCCUCCCGCCCUCCAGCCCACCUGCACAUCUGCUGCCCUGCUGGGUCUUCCUCUCAGUCAAAUCCCAAGCAGGGAACGAGUCUGAUAAAACCAGAAACUGGCUACCUCCUGCCAGCCCCAGCCACGGCUCAGGGCCAGCGCAGCAGUGCCAGGGCCCUGCCUGCUAUGACGUCACACAGCCCCGUGAAGUCACGUGACGUCACAGAGGGCUGGGGGAGAGGCCCUCCCAGCCCGAGUCCCCAAGGGCCAGCUUGCCUUCAGGCCCCAGCCUCUGAAAUCUCUGUGCCGUUUCUCCAGCUGCCCCUGGGAGGGGAUGGUGAACAGAACAGGCCACAGCCGGGAUGCGGACGCUCGCCCAGACGCAGGGUGUCUGGUAGCCAGGGUGACUGGCGAUCCAGCGACAACACAGCUCUCCGAUACACAGUCUCAUUCAGAGUUUCCAGGGGAAUCCAGACUCCGCUUCCCACUGCACUGACCACGGACACUCCACGGCACAGCUCCGUGACGGCAGCUCCACGGGGCUCUUCGUCCACGCUCUUCCAGGGGUGGACGGGAGAUUCUCACACACACACACACCCUGGAGGCCCCCGCCUUCUUCCACGUCUGUUUGCGACGGAGCCAUGUCCCACCAGGACUCCCCUUAGAGGACCUGUGAGAUUCCAGUCUUUCUGGUCCCUGGCUCCACCCCAGAGGGCACCAGACCCUGGCCCCCACCCCGACACGGGGCAGUGCCCUCUGCCCAGUGCCUUUGAGAAAGUGCACGAGACGGCGAGAACUCAGCGCUUCCGGGCCAAGGGGGUCCGUGUGCACCCCACACACCAGCUGCCUCAGGGGGCCGCGCUCGUCUCACAAGCAGAGCUUGUCCUGCCCACCCACGCGUCGGCCCAUCUGUCACUACGUUUGGGGGUCUUCAAGAAGCUCACGGCCAGCAUGGAUUACGGAAAAGCUGUGCGUGGAUUUAUACCAGAAUAGACUUCUAACUCCAUCUCCCCUGGAUAUCUCUGUACGCAGUUUUUCCUGCUUCUACCUUCACAUUUGCAGAGUCACCAGCGUGUUUUCCAUCUGGCUGUUAGGGGAGAGGGGCGGGAGAGGCUCCUCCUGCAAGGAUGCAGACGUGAGCAGGGGCGUGGGCCGCCCGUGCCUCGUUCUGGACCAUUGAGGCGCCACGGACAGCCGGUGCCACCCCGGUGAAGACCCCGCUCCCACUUCUCCCCUGCAGCCCACAGGGGAGGCCAGCGGCAGGCCGGGGGAGGGGGCGUGUGUUUGGGUUUACGAGGACCAGAGCUGCCGAGUGGCCGUGCAGUUGUGUGCGCGGAUUGUUCUGGAAGCACUGUGCACCUGAAUCACGGCCUCGUCCGCACAGAGGGCUGCUGGACCUCGGGGCCACUGCUUGUUUUCUUGGCACAAAACCACAUCCUCUGGGUCUCUCACUCCAUCACCCCUCCUGCCUGAGAUGUACACGGUGCAGACCCCCGGGUCACACCCAUCCAGUGGUCUCCACAGCCAGGAGCUGAGGCAACCAUGAGCCAGCAGCUGGGGGCAAGGCGGCCCACACAGCCCUGUGUGUUUGCCCAAGAACUGGCUGGGCAGGGCAGGGCUGGGCAGGGCAGAGCUGCACACUGAGGGCAGGGCAGGGCAGGGCUGGGCAGGGCGCGGCUGCACACCCAGGGCUGGCAUCUGUCGCUGCAAACCGGUAAUUCUCAGAGGACAGAGCCGGAGGCAAGGAGGGCACAGGUCACAGCCCGCCCCUCCCGAUGGCCCACCCCAGGCGUCCACGGCGCCAGCCCGAGCGAGCGGCAGAGCAGGACGCCUCGGGCCGCGCCUACAGGGCAGUGCAGAGUUCCUGGGACGCGGAGCUGAAACUUGGUUUUGGUGCAGGUGAUGUUGCAAUCCAUGCGUAAGAGAGGUCUUCGGAAAACUUCAUCAAAAACACGUUCUUGUGAAAACCCUAAAGGAUUUCAACUUUUUUGCAACAAAAGCAGCAUUUUCAGUUCCAUUUCCUUUCAGAGUCUCUGAACGACCCCGGGAUGUCCCCGUCUCCGAGCACCUGGACUGUCCAGGACGUGGCUCCUAAAGCAGACGUUUCUGGAAGUAACCAUGCAGCUACGGUCUCACGGUUACACAGGCCUUUCACUUUUUUUAUUUGUUUCCAUUUUAUCUGAAAGGCAGAGAGAGUUCCCACCUGCCGGCUCAUUCCCCCGAGGCCCACAGCGGCCAGGGCCGGGCCAGGCUGAAGCUGGGAGCCUGGAGCCCCACCCUGGUCUCCCGCGUGGGGGCGGGGCCUAGGCCCCUGGGCCACCCUCCACGGCUUCCCAGCCGCACUCACAGGACACUGGCUCAGGAGCAGCCGGGACCUGCACCACUCGCCCAAUAUGGGGCCCGGAUGUCCCGAGCGGUGACGAAACCCCGAGCCACAGGCCGGCACACCUGGGGUUGCGUGUUCAGGGUGGUCAGAGUGCGUUUCUGCAACAGCGGCCGUCCCUCUCAGAGCCACCGAGCCAGUCCCACAGGGAGUGAGAGUGGAAGGGCCCAACACGGCCACGCCUGCGGUGCAGACAACUCGUGCACACGCACCCACACACACGUGUACACACGUGCAAGCACACGCACACGCCAGGCCACGGCACUCGCUCGCUCGGCACCGGCGGCCCCUGCAGGGUGAGGACAAGGCUCGGGGGUGACAGCAGUUUCUCCAUCCUCGUGGGACGUCCCGGUCUUCUCCACGAGCAGGAAGAUCAAGGCCCAGCCGCUGGACACCUCACCAGCACACAGCCCAGACGACCGCUCGCGUGCCUGACACCAUGGAACCUCCGAGUUUCCACGCUGGCCUCCUGUGGGCUGGCGAUGAGACGGUCCCCAGGGCACCUCGGCCAGGCCCGGGGAACACAGAGACCUCGCAGGGUCCCGGGUCCCCGUGGCCAUCCUUCCCCGCGCCUCCAUCACCAGCACACCCAGGCCGACGCCAGGACGGGGCUGGCCCGGGCUCUCGGCCCACCUGGGCCUCGCUGCUGCACCUGGGGGAACGUGGCUGCCGGCCCCUGGACGCCGGGAAAGACGCAAGCGGCAGUGUCGUCUGAAGACCGGCCGGCGACACACGCCCCUCCAGGCCGGCAGAGGCAUCCCCACAGCACUUCCCGAGCCCCCCGCCGACGCCCAUGUUCCAAGAUGACGGCCCCGGCAGCGAGGGCCCUGCAGGACAGGGUUUUCUGGGCCACCCCGGGCGCAGGGCGGCACUGCAGCCGCUCACCGUUCAGGAAGGACCUCGCCCUGGCCGAAUGACCGGCACCCGAGCAACGGUCCUCCGUCUCCCAGCCACCCCCGCGAAGGCCCAGCCGCCUGGACGUCCACCGUCUCC